AUGUCUUAAAGGAAAAAAAAGAGAGAUCCAACGCCAACUAGAGUUGCUUUGGUUUGUUUAAAAACUACUCAAAAUAAUAUUUAAAUCAAUAACUAAUCGUUGCUCAAGAUAUUCUCCAAACAUGGUUCAAUAUCAAAAGUAUUACUUUUCGAUCAUAUUUAUUAAUUUAGAUAUUAAUAUUUGAGAGAGGCUAAUUGUUAACCAAAGUCUUUAUUGAAUAUGAUGAAGUAAAUUCUGCUAUUGAUGCUAUAAAGUAUACAUUUAGGUUAAAUAUUGUAGAUAUCUAAACAAUACGAAAAUAUUGAAUCAAAUUUCAUGUAAUGUUUAUCAUUCUCGUUUAAAGUAAUUAAAAUUAGAUACAGUCCCUUAUACGAAAGGACUUGAUUUUACAAAUCUUCCAACAAAUAUUAUAGAGCAAGAUGAAUAAAUUGAAUAGUAGAUUGAAAAUAAUGAUAAAAUAUUUAAUAAUAAUGAAUGGCAAGAUUUUUAAUUUGAAAAUAGAUCAACUGAUGAAGUGUCAGAUGAAGAGGAACCUUAAUUUUCAGAAGAGAAAAUGAAAGACAUUAUUACAAAACUUAAUUAAAUUGAUGAAGAGAUAAAUUAAACAAUAGAAACAAAAAUUGUUACUGCUUUAGAUAAAUUAAGAUAGACAUAAUAAUUUCAUAAGUAAUAAGAAAAUCAAUUAAUACAAAUCAAUUAAUGA